CCACUGUUGUAUGUAAAUAUCGUUUAACGUGAAAGAUAUGGCGGAAUGUAAAUUUCAUUUUAAUGAAGACGUUAAUAAAAUAAAACGGUCUUGAUGCAGGACAUAUUGAUGGCAAAGAUAGCAAAUGGACAUACAGAGUAUACAGACAUUGAGAACCGUGAUUUGUGACAGAGGGGAUAUCGAAUGCUGUAAUCGCAUGCUAUGACAAAUCUCAUGAAUGAUUUGCGGCAAUCUGCCGACAGAAUCUGCCCGCGUUGGAAUCUGUCCAAAAUUGAUGGUGCGUUCUCGCCGAAAAUGUAAUGCGUGCGUUCGCGCAACGGACGACGAGUGCUAGGCGUAUCCCGUAUAUCAACCAGCGAGACAUGAUUUAAUGUUUAUGAAGAUAAUGUGUGUGCACGACGACGAAAGAGGGAAUAAUUGGCCAGAUGAAAAUAACCGUGGAAACAUCAUGCGUGGAAAUAGGAACGUUAUUUCGCAAUUGCUCAACGAUGCAGUUGUUAAACUGCAUCGUAGAAUAGAAUUUUUUAACGGAACGAUCCAAAUCGCACAGUUGUAUAUUUUAUAAUUGCAAAAAUAAACCCUUUGCCAUUGCAAUUAUAUCUUAUUAUAAUGAUAGGUUACGUUAUCUUAGAAAACAUUAUGACAGAUGAAUUAACCUACGUUUUGACGAACAGAUUAAAUUCGCGGCACAAUAAAAAAUUUAGAGGAUAUCAUUAAAUCUUUAGUCGGACGAUCGGGAGGCGCAUGGAGAACAAAAACAACUCUGAUAAGGAUCUGCCGAAGCGUACUACCGAUCAAAAAAAUGCAACAGAAGCGGAACGUCGCUUUCUCGCUGAAUCGAAGAUUCUUAUAAUCGAAGCCACGUCGAAAGAAGAAGGAGAAGACAAAGAAGAAGAAGAAGAAGAGAGAUCAUCGAUAAAAGGAACGAAUUUUUUUCGAAAAGAAGCAAUGAAGGAGAAUAAUGGAAUGUUAAAAGGGACGACCGCGUCAGAAUCCUUUUCCAGAAGAAUCGACAACACCGAGAGAUCAGUUCAAGAACGCAAGAGAGAUACUGUUACGAAAAUAACCAUUGCCGAGCAGUUUAAUGAGACGCGGUCGCUCCCAGGAGAAUUCUCGUCCGACGGAUCAAAACGCGAGAUUAAUAAUCCAAGAAAAAUGGGAGAUAUGGCGACGGCCGACAGACACCGAUGUCAACGUCCUCUCCGCGACAUAAUUGGCAAACGAGAGCAGCGUAGAGAAGAGCUGGAAAAGGUGGAGGGUGAUUUACGACAACGUCUCGAUAUGCUCGAGUGUUCGAUGCCGGCGGUGAUGGUAUGGAAUACCUGGCGAAUGUCGCAAGGCGCACCCGCCUGCAGGAUCAAACAUAUUCUGGAGAAACAAUUUAAAGACACGGGAGAACUCUCUUGUCGCAGCACACCGAGCUGCCAUUACGAUUGCAGAGUACGAGAAGUCGAGGCUGAAAGAAAACUGGCGUUGAAAAAGGUGGAGGAAGCGCGAACUCUCUGGUCGGAGAAACUCGCGACGUUGGAGGAAAGAGAAAGAAAACUCGGCGAAGCCAGAAAAAUUCAAGAGGAGCAAAGAAACGCGAUAGAACGGUUAAACGAGGAAAGUAGAGUGCUGCGGGAGACGAGGGAAAAGAAACCAAUGGAAAUGGAGGAAUUGUGCCAGUGCGGCGACACGCAAUGUAAGCAGAGACACCUCAGCAGAGUCUCCAGCGUGACGUCGGUCGAGUCCGGGGACAUUAAAUGCCUGGAGAAGCUGCAACGAUUAGCGGAGGAGGAGGUGAUAACGAAGCGGGAAAUAGCCGAGUUGGAGCGCCGCGAGGAAGCUUACAUGACAACGCUUCAGAAGGCCGACGAGCUGUGGUCGAAGAUGGAGGGCGACGUGGUGAGCACGACGAACGGAUUGCAGGAACAAUUGGACAUGAAAAUUGCGGCAAAUCAGCAACUCGCGAAUCGCGUAUGCGAACUGGAGGACACGCUCGAGAAAUGUCGGACGAGGUUGGCCACGUGCACAGCGGAACUGGAGAAGUUUCUGAGUAUCGAGAAAGUCGAAGCUACGAUAGGUCGCGACGAUGACGUUGCGAAAGUGGUAGAUAAGAAAGUUGCGGUAAGGGCUAAAGUCGUGCAUCGGCCAAUCGGCCGGGUAGACGACAUAGCCACGGUGAAGGACGACGAAGUUCUGGCGAAGGUCGAAGUUGCGGACGGGGAAGCGCUGGCGACAGUCGCCGUGACCGACGCCGACGUGGAAACUGCAUUUGUCGGGGACGAUAAGUUCGUCUCGGUCAGACCCGAUUUGGCUGAUCUCGCGGUCGAUCGCCCGGUGGAUCUCGUGCAAAUCGAGGACGCAGAAAGCGUAGUUCGACCGGAAGACCUGGAUCAUGAACAACUGAAAUUCAAAGAAGUUCAGAAAUACUUGACAAAAUUAGGCUCGCUGGAAGAGCUGUAUAAAGACGACGGUGAGCCGUGCGCACCUGAUUUUGUAUGCAACGAUGUGGUGACGUCGCCUACCGGUAUGACGGACGAGGAACUGAUUGCGCUGGGCGUGAAGCAACCUGCACCGACGAAGGAACGUGACAAAACCGUGAGUGACGAGGAAGAACGAAAGAGGCAAUUUCAAAAGGAAUUAGACACCGCUGACGCCGUUAUUGAUAAAAAAGAAAAGAGAGAAGAUGAAAUUCCUGGCGUCGAGAUCGAGAAGAGAGUUGUUGAGAAGGUGGAAAAACGGGUCGCACCUGAAAUUAUGGUAGAUGUAUCUGUUAGAGAAACUGUAACGCCACGGACAAUCAAAGAAGAAGCUGCGGAUGAUAGGUUGGUAACGAUGCCGAAAACCCGUGCGCCGGAAAUCGAGGCCGACCGGGACGUCGUGAUACAACGGGAUACGGUUCUAUCGUGGAUUGAUGCGAUCGAUACGAUUCGUACGACAGCAGCGAAACAUCCUGAGUGUCGCGAAGUGGAAAAAGAUGCUGACAUCUUAGCAGAACAAGUUGGCACAUAUGUCGGGAUAAAACCUAAAGAAGUAAAAGAGAAAAAUGCAACAAUCAUCACAGAAGCUAAAAAAAUGGAACCUGAGACAAAAAUUGAAUUCGCACCAUUUCCUGAUUCUGAAGAAACACGGGCAGAAAUAAAAGCUCCAACGGAAGCAAUAGCUGAAUCAGAAUUACUGCCUACUCUUACAAAAGAGGAAGUACCAAUUGGCAUGGAACCCCCUACGGCGGUUUCAAUGGACGAUUCUUUUCAGCCUCCUACAAUUCAUGAUAAAAAAGAUUUGAAAGACGACACGAUCCCGUUAGCUGUACUCGAGCCGCAUAAACCGGAUAUCGAAAAAAUAAAAACGGAAGAAACACGAGUCGACGAAAUCGUACGAAAUGCAAAAGAAAUUGAAGUACCUAAAAAUAAAAAUGCAGAGAAAGACGUAGCAGUCGAAGAUCUGAUAAAUAAUAAAUUAACGGUAAUUUUAGAGGAAAAUGAUAAAACGGUAAAUUCUAUAGAUAAAAAAGAAAUAUUGGUUGUUCCAAAAAUAGAAAUGAAAGAACAAGAAAUCAUAUUUAAUCAUAUAGAAAGAGAUGAAAAAAAAGAAAAAGAUAUGCUAACAGAAACAAUAGUAGAAGAUGAAAAAGUAGAUAAAGUCUUACCAGUGACAGAAAUUGAGGAAAGAGAAUUUGUAGAACAAAUCGUAGGAAAGUCGAAAGAAAUUUCACAACAGGAUGAAACUAAAAUGGCAGACAUAAAAGAAAUGAUACCACAUAUGGAAAUCAUAAGAACGAAUGAAAUUGCAGAAGUUCCGGCGGUUGCAGAAAUGGAAGAGGUAGAACAAGAUGCAGAGAAAACGACACUAGCAGUGGAUAUGGAAGAAAUAAAGCAAAUUAUACCAGAGACAAUUUUACCAACCGUGGACAUAACCGAGGUAGAAAAAUUUGAACCUGAGAAAUUUCCCAUCGUGGAUAUCGAAAAAGCACCGAAUGCAGUAGAAGAAAAAAUUAAAAUUGAAGAGCCUACACCUAUUUUGGAUGUAAAAGAGGAACCACUGCUCCUGGACGCGGUAAUGGAAAAAAAAGUUGAAAUCGAAAAACCUGUACUAAUAAAAGAAGAGAUUGAAGUCGCAGAAUUGUUACCGGUUGCGAAAAUGGCGGAAAGAGAAGAAAUUGUAAUCGCAGAAUUGCCACCAAUCGAGGAUGUAGAAAAAAAAGAAAAAAUUGAAGCCAUAGAGUUGCCACCGAUUUUAGAUACAGUAAGAGAAGAAAAAAUUGAAGCAGUAGAAUCAAUACCACUUACGGAUGCAGUAACAGAAGAAAAGAUUGAAAUAAUUCAGCCCAUACCACCAUUAACAAUAAAAAGAGAAAUGGAGAAGGAGGAG